GGGUCAGCGGGGUCACGGUGAAGGAGACGGCGAGUGGAGGCAUGGCGGCUGCAGACGCGCGUGUUCAUCUGUUCGCCGGCGGCUGCGGCGGCACGCUGGGCGCGGUGCUCACGUGCCCGCUGGAGGUGGUGAAGACUCGCCUGCAGUCGUCGGGCUCCCUGUCGGGACUCCGCUCCGGCGUGGCCCCUGCGCCGCUCGCGCUCGCCCCGUGCCGGCAGCUCGUGGCGCCCGGCUCGCUGGCGCUUCACGGAGCCGGCGCGGUGCCCGGCGGCGGCGGCACCGUCACCGCCGCCCGCGUCGCCACGCCGAGCUUGGCACAGUGUCUCAGGACGAUAGUGGAGAAGGAGGGAGUCCGGUCCCUGUUCCGGGGUCUGGGUCCCAACCUGGUAGGAGUGGCCCCGUCGCGCGCCAUCUACUUUGCGGCCUACUCCUCCGCCAAGGAGCACUACAACUCCGUCUUCCAGGCCGAGUCUCCGCCAGUGCACAUGUGCUCCGCUGCCACGGCCGGCUUUAUCACUAACACCUCCAUGAACCCCGUGUGGCUGGUGAAAACUCGCAUGCAGCUCGAUGCAAGGAGCCGCGGCGAGCGCGGCAUGACGGCGCUGCAGUGCGUGCGCAAGGUGUACCGCACGGAGGGCGUCCGCGGAUUCUACCGCGGAAUGACGGCCUCCUACGCCGGCAUCUCCGAGACCAUCGUUCACUUUGUGCUCUACGAGAGCCUCAAGAGGCGGCUGCUGGAGGCGCGGGGACACAACUCCGGCCGCGACGGCGCCGGCGGCGGUGGUGGGCCCAGGGCGGAGGGGGCAUCCCGGCGUCUUGGCGGCACCGCCACCUCGGUCGUCGUGGCCGCGGCCGCCCCCGCCGCUGCUGCCGCCGCCGUGGCGACGGCGGAGGACGGGCGGCUGGCCAGCGACUUCCUGGUGCUGAUGUGCGCCGCGGCCUGCUCCAAGGCCUGCGCGUCCUGCCUGGCCUACCCACAUGAGGUGGCACGCACGCGUCUGCGCGAGGAGGGCACCAAGUACCGCUCGCUGGUGCAGACGCUGCGCGUGGUGGCGCGCGAGGAGGGCGGCCGGGCGCUGUACCGCGGCCUCCCCGCUCACCUCCUGCGGCAGGUGCCCAACACGGCCAUCAUGAUGGCCACGUACGAGGUCGUCGUCUACCUGCUCGGCGGAUAGGCCGUCGCCCCUCCCACCUCACCCCGUGAGGCCAGCCGAGCGACUCUUAACAGCGCCAGCAAGAGGCUGCGGUGGCACCGGUCGAGGCGGCGGCGACAGAAAAGCGACGCAGAAACAGCAGCAGCAUCAGCAACAUCAAGGCUAGUGGUGGCAAUUAGAAGCAGCAGCGUAAGCGGUGGCGGUGGCUGCAGUAGAUACAGCAGCAGUAACAGAAGCAGCAUCAGCAGCAUCAGCAGCAUCAAGGCUAGUAGUGGCAAUUAGAAGCAGCAGCGUAAGUGGUGGUGGUGGCUGCAGUAGAUACAGCAGCAGUAACAGAAGCAGCAACAGCAGCAGCAGCAACAGCAGCAGCAGCAUCAAGGCUAGUGGUGGCAAUUAGAAGCAGCAGCGUAAGCGGUGGUGGUGGCUGCAGUAGAUACAGCAGCAGCAGCAGCAGCACGAGCUAGCAACAACAACCAAAACCGGUAGUAGCAGCAGUAUUAGCAGUACCAGCAGCUUCAGCAUGAGCAGCAGUGGCAGUAGCUACAGCAGUUGCGGCAACAGCGGCAUCAAGGGGUAGUAGUGGAAAUUAACACCAGGAGUAGCAGCAGCAGCAGCGAUAACAACAGGAGUAGCAGCAGCAGCAACGAUAACAACAGGUGUAGCAGCAGCAGCAGCAACGAUAACAACAGGAGUAGCAGCAGCAGCAGCAACGAUAACAACAGGAGUAGCAGCAGCAGCAGCUACGAUAACAACAGGAGUAGCAGCAGCAGCAACGAUAACAACAGGAGUAGCAGCAGCAGCAGCAACGAUAACAACAGGAGUAGCAGCAGCAGCAGCAAUGAUAACAACAGGAGUAUCAGCAGCAGCAACGAUAACAACAGGAGUAGCAGCAGCAGCAGCAACGAUAACAACAGGAGUAGUAGCAUCAGCAAGAGUCGUAGCAGCAGCAGCAACGAUAACAACAGGAGUCGCAGCAGCAGCAGCAACGAUAACAACAGGAGUAGCAGCAGCAGCAACGAUAACAACAGGAGUCGCAGCAGCAGCAGCAACGAUAACAACAGGAGUAGCAGCAGCAGCAGCAGCAACGAUAACAACAGGAGUAGUAGCAGCAGCAAGAGUCGUAGCAGCAGCAACAACAGCACCACUUGCGCCUAGAAGCAGAACCCGAUGAUGACCUCUAAGGUGGGGGCGUCAUCAACAGCAGUGCAGCAAGUAGGUUUGCUGUCGGCGCCUGUAAGAUUUUUACAUUUUUUUUAUUUUAAAGCGUUAUCCCCCUACGUGCGAGCGGUGGGUUUUCUCCCGAGUCCUCGUUCGUAAGCGCGGGGACCCACACCUCCUUGGUCAAACAAUCCCUCUCAGCAGGAGCCUCCUGACAGAAAAACAGGAGUCUUGAGACUCGGUUGAAAGCCUUUCCUGGAGAAGCGACCUUGAUAAAACCACCGAGGCAACGCAGACUCUUGUCACCCUACCAGAGGUCGCAACCGGGUACCCGAUAGCCGUACCCUACCCGAUACUCGGCUACCCAUACCCGGCCGGGUACGGGUACCCGUUUGCGACCCUGGUGUGCGGCCGGGUAUGGGUACGGGUACGGGUAGGCCGUGAGUCACUGGUGAGUAACCGUUUGUCACUCAUUUCACAAUUCAAGUUCCUAGAAUCAACCCACCCGCGCCUGCAACAUGGCUUCAUCCCAGAGGUCGCAAUCAGGUACCCUAUACCCGUACCCAGCCGGGUACGGGUAUAGGGUACGGGUACGGCCGGGUACGGGUACCCGUUUGCGACCCUGGUGCGGCCGGGUGCGGGUACGGGUAAGGAAUCAAAACCCGUUUGCGACCUCUGCACCCUACUCUGCCCGGGGGCUGACUGAGCGUGGCUUUCCCCGGUCGGACGGGUAUCUAUCUCUUAGAAACGAAUUCCAACAAAGACAAAGAUCCCCCGUGUAGCCUCAACAGACUGUAGGGGCAAGUGCUGUUAGCGAGCACCUAUGAAGGCCGGCACGGCACACGACGGGGUGGGUGGCCAGCACCACGCCCGGCCGCCUUUGUCUCCCCAGUGGCGAUGUUUACACAUCGCACCAGGCAAUUAUUUGAGGUUGAGUCGACCUAGGGGAGGCCCAGGACCAGUGCAAAUAAUCGUCACUGGUGUUGGCCUUAAGCAGGAAUCGAACUUGGGUCGCCGGAUUUGUAGCGCAACGCACCAACGUACUAACCGUUGCGCCACCACUCCCUACAAAUACACACACACCGACACACACACCGACACACACACCGACCGACACACACAGAAAUGUGGAUAUGGGCGGAGAACCGAUAAUCAAUUGGUGAUCGUUUCCUGCGUGCGAUUAUCAACGACGCUAAAAAUCCCGAAGUGAACACCAAUCAUCAGCGUCGCUGCAUCAGCCACCGUCACCACCAUCAGCAGCAUCGUCGGCAGCAUCAUCCUGCGUCGCUGCAGUGAGCGCACCGUGGACUUGUCUGACGAGUCAGUCUAACGAGUCAGUACGUCGUUGAACAAGACUCCACCACGAUCGACUGUUGGCGUUUUAUGGGGGGGGGCCUUGAGUGUUGUUUGAAGUGGUUUCGAGUCGGUUCUGCGACAGUUUAGCAUCGCUACAGCACCCGUACGAGAGUGCGCGUGUGGCGAGCUAAAUUUACGAUUGGGGCUGCGUCUUCCAUAUACAGGUGAUGAUAUUGUUGUCGUAUUUAUUUAAAUGAUUAGUAUUUAUAUUGCUUUGUGUAUGAUAUGUAUUUUUUUGUACUGCCCCUUUAUGAAGCCACUGUUGGACGAGGGUCUCUCCCCACGCCGUGCGGGUCGUGGUGGGUUAUUUGACCAUACUUCACCACGCCGGUCGGUGCAGCUUUGGAGCAUAGCACAGUCCAAGUGGACUUUGCUGCACUUCCAUGUGCUGCCCGCCACUGGUUCACACCGCGGAACUUUCGUAGGCCUCACCAGUUAAAUUGUUUUAAUCACCGUUGCGUGGAUUUAAAUGGGGUUCACGAGACUCUAAAAGCGGCGUGUUAACAACUGCCAAGGUGGUGGCCGGGUGGCUCGAAGGUCUGGGUUCGAAUCCAGGGUGACAGCCGCCUGCGAUUAAAGCGGGUUCUCAGGCAGCCGGGGUCACCAACGACUGCACAAAAAGCAACAAACAAAAAACAGAAAUCUUCUUGGUUCUUUCGGUAAAGUCACGUAGA